AUGGCUGACGUGGAAGGGUUAACCGAGAAGAUUCAUGAAGAGGUGGGAUUUUUUUAACUUUUAAAAAGUUAUCUUGAAACAAUUUUUUUUCAUUUUUUUCAGCUUUCAAACUGGUUUAUAAGCUGCAAUAAAUUCAAAAUACACACCUAAUCAAAAAAACUCCUGCAAGCCCAAAAUCAUCGCCAAAAGCCAGAAAAGGCCAUAAAUCAUACUAGUAAUCUUAAGAAUUAUGAAAAAUUACUUAAAAUCUCUUUUUCUAUAGCCUGCCAGCUCAUAAGUAAAACUUUGAAACCGAAAAUUCUAGAACACUGAGAAGAAAAACCCGCUUUAAACCACCGAAAUUCCACAUAAACACCCCAAACUUCCCAAAAAAGUUUCUAAAACCAAAAUAUUUUCAUUCUUAUUUCAGCUCAAAUCUUUGCGAUUGGAGAAAUCUGAAGUCCCCCAAGGCGAUAUCGGCCCGGCGAUGCCUCAGAAAGAAGAAACCAAGAAAAUGCUCAAGCCGAACGAUUUGCCCUACGAGAUCAUCAACGGCAUUCCUUGCUACCAAUCGGGACACGUUCUUGAUGGACAUGUUGAGGUAUUUGAUUAAGUUAUCCUUGAGAACGACAAAACUUAUAAGGAACUUCGAAAGAUGUCUUGAAGGUAGCAGAAAACAGCGAAUAUUCGUAUACAAAAUUCAUUUAACUAAUUCUUUCCUAUGUAAAAAUUUUCAAAGAGCCCACCAAAGGUUAGAAUAUCACAAGGAAAAACCACAAUAAUUAUGAAAAAAACAGCAGUUUGACUGAAUAAUAAUUGAGAACUAAUAGCAUCUUUAAAAAAAAGCCUGCUCUCUUGGAUAAUCCAAAGAAUGAAAUCAAAAUUACCUUUCUUCUACUUUAAAAAAACUCAAAAAUUGUUGACCCCUGUCCCGGCCAACGUUUCCGUCCACGUGGCACUGCCACAUACGUUUCUUUCAUUUUUCUUUUCUCCACGAUGAAUUUUCAUUUCUUCCAAUUUUUCAAAACUUUGCCCAAUUUUCUAUGGUUAUCGUAACACGUGAACGUGUUUGGCAAUACAUGUCGCAACGCAGAAAAUUUCUCGCUCAUAAAUUCAAAAGAUCCGAUGAGCCGGGCGAGCUGUACGACGCUUUUUUGGUAUGAUUUCUUGAUUUUUCUCCAGGAUUUUUGUCUGUUUUUGAUAUAAACCUAAAUGUUUUUCUUAAAGGCGCAUUGGCUAACUUAAUAAUGGUUUCGAGACGAAUCGCUGUUUUUCGUGAUAUUCAGGGUCUGGUAGUCUUUAGAAAAAAUUCAUGAUUUUUGAAUGGGUUAUUUCAAAAAAUGAUUAGUGGAAGAUGACUUUUUCCCGAUUUUUCUUGCUAUUCUGUUUGAUAAAAUGAGGUCCUUAAAGGCGCAUAGGCGAAUCUGAUACGGGUUUUGAGACGACGAGCUGUUUUUUUGUGAUAAUUUAGGCUUGCAGAGACUUUAGAAGCCUUAGUAAGCAUUUUUGAACUUGCUAUUCGAAAAUUCCGAGACUGGAAGAUAGUUUUUCAUUAGGUUUUUGAACAAAGUACAUUAUUUCGGCUAAUUCGUCGAUAAAUCCUUGAAGGGCUAAUUAAAGGCGCAUCGACUAACUUAAAAAGGGUCUCGAGAAAAAGAGCUGUUUUUCUCAAUAUUCGAGGUAAUGAGAACCUUUAGAAAACUCAAAAAAAAAACAUUUUCGAAACAUUUUAAAAACAUUUUCGAACAAGUUUUUUGAAAAUUACAAGGUCGAAAGACGGUUUUCUUGUAAUUUAUGAACAUAUUCAAUGAUUUUAACGAUUCCAAAUCUUAACUGAGGUCUUUAAAGGCGCAUUGACUAUUUUAAUGGAGGUUUCGAGACGAAGAUCUUUUUAUUGUGAUACUUACGCUACCAGACCUUAGGAAGCCUCAGUAUUUUUAGAUUUUUCAAAAUUUGACUUCUAAGAAAGUUUUAUUUCAGAUUUAUGAACGGGUCGGGUUCGACGACCGUGUCGGCGCGACUUAUUUGGGAAUCGGCGCCGACGGAAAAGAAUUGGUGAUUCGCGUGGGUCCCGACGCGAGUACGCAUGUCGUCCGCAUGGAAGCCGCCUUUCUUUGCAAGGUAUAUUUGAUGAUGAAUUAACUGCAUAUCUUGUAAAGGUUGUAAAGUUCCUUUUUCACAUUUGAUCGUUUUUUUUUUUGGCUUUCUCUUCCAGCUUUCUACACCAAAAUUCCUAAUCUUCGAUACCAAAAAAUUCUCAAAAUUUCUUCUUUGACUUCCUCGGAAUAUUCAGUGGUGAAGGAACUAUGACGUUUCAGGCCGAAGCCGAGAACCUCUGGCGAUUCUUCUCGCAAGUUCAUCAAAUUUGGCAAUCCGAAGACGCCUACCACAUGACUUUGUACUUCCGCGGCGGACCGACUCUUGAAGAUUGCCUCAAUUUUUGCCACGGGAAAUUUUCCUACGGCACUGGCGGACGGUUCGGUCUCGACAUUUUGCAGGUGUCUUCAUAAUUAGACUUUCAAGUCAAGGGAAUUUUUCAGAUCAUGAGAACGACGCAUUCUUUGGGCUAUCUGAUGAGAUCCGUCAAUCCUGGAAGCUUCCACCUUGACGCCUCUUCUCGACACCUUUUCAUGGCCGAUAUAUCGACGUUGCUCAAGGUUAUAGUCGUGGAAUUCUAGGGCAAUAGAUCAUUUUUGAUCAAAAAGCUUCAACGGAAAAUUAACCAAGACCAUCGUAUUCUUUCAAUUUCUUCAGAAUAACCACAAGUCUUCAGAAAAUGAUAACUGAAUUUUUCUUUCAAUCUUCUCAUGAUCCAAUUCAGAACGUCAAUGAAGAAGGCGUGGCCCCCUACGUCGGUUCUUUGGAUUUCGCCCCGGAGGCUCAUCACAAAGGAGGUUCUGAUCACUCUUAUGGCAAUAAUUGAAUCUUCAAUUCCAGAAGGUCUGACGCGUCGCCAAGAGCUCGAGUCGUGGUUCUACCUGUUCAUCUACAUGCUCAAGGGGACCUUGCCAUGGCAGGCUCUGCCUUAUGACCAAGUGGCCGGCAGCAAGUUGAUGACUUCGUGCAAUCAGUUGCUUUUCUCCGACCUUCCACCUCAGUGAGUUUCCGCUGGAUAACCUAUUCGGCACAAGCAUUCUGACCUGUCUGUUCUCUCUUAUCCCUCGCCAUAAGAGGCGCAAAUCGUAAUGAUUAGAGCGAAAAUGAUUUAAUCACUCCUCCUAUGACUGAGGGAAACUAUUUCCGAGACUCAUGAGGAUGGCCAUUAAUGCAUUUUCUUCAAAAAUGAGCAAAGUCCAAACGACCUCAAAAAGAAGAAUCUAGGGCUCCUAAAAAGGUGUCAAAAGUUUCCCUGAAUCUUCUUUUUUCUCCCACUUCCAGGAAAAAAAGAAACCUAUGAAACCAUUUGAAGCCCAUUUUGUAGAGGUUCUUUUUAGGUUCUUCUGAACCCAACUUGAAAAACAGAACAUUUUCUUCAGAUUCGCGAGGAUGUACGAGAUCAUCAAGGAGAAGAACUCGUUCCAGCCGGUUUCCGAUGAAGAAUACGAUCAGCUGGAAGUCUUGGCCACCGAAGUCUACACGAUCGCCGGCGGCAUCACCGAUCACGACAAAAACUUUGAUUUCGAGCGCGAGCCGACGGCAGAAGAGUUGCCGAGGUGAGAAUUGAUCACAAAAUAGUUCUGAUUAUUAGAAAAUUGUGAAUAGUUAUCGCUCCAAAGGGCCAAAAGCGCACGUUUUAAAGACCUCUGAAGGCUGAGGAAAGCUUCUGCUGAGUUCAAUGAAUCCUAGUGAAAUUUCCAAGGCUUCUGGAGACCUAAAAUAGACUGACUGGUUUAUGUAGUCAACCUUCGAGUCGCUGAAAGCUUUGAAAAAUCUAGUACUAGUGAAAACGCUUUUUAAGGCUACAGAGGUAUCUAGAAACAAAAUCAUAAGUCCUGUAGCUAUCCAGAAUCAUAUCAAGUGCUUCUGAAGUUCAUUUCAGCACUUUAAAACACUUUCAAAAGCAACUUUGAGACGUUAAAAGUCGUCGAAUGCUCCAAAAAAAAACUAUUUCGGGGAUACUAAACUCAUUUAAAAUUUUCUAGAGCCCUGUAGAGUUCAUUAAAUCUAGGAAUACUCCCCUGGCUCACCGACUAACUUCUAAAGUCAACAUUGAGGUUCUAAAAGCUCUAAAGAUUGCUAUUAACGGUUAAAAUGCACUUAAUGACUAGUAAAUUAUCUAGAGGCGAUAUUAUGGAUUCAGAUCCUUCAAAAAAGCUGUUUCGGAAAUAAUAAGCCGAUUAAAAUUUUCUAGAGCCCUUAUGAGCUUCUUGAGUUGAUUAACCCUUCAAAAAUUGGUCCAAAUCUUGAACUUUCAACCGUUUUAACUCAUCUUACCUUUAAAAAAUGAUAUCUGAAGGCCUCAAUUUCCUCUACAAGGUUCAGAAGAAAAAAUAUAUCACUUUUUUCAAAAAAAUUUUAGGGAUACCAGAAUAGAUUGAAAAUUUGUUUGAAUCGACAGUAAAGACUUUGAAGUCAUUUCAAAGGAUUAUCAAGUCUUCAACCAGUUCAGAACUUGGAACUCUUCUGAGACCUUUUUUUGAACCUAUUACCUUCAUUUUUUUUUCCGCAAUCCUGAAUUUGGAUCUUCUAAAAAUCGAUAAAUCGCGUCAACUUCCAAAAUUCACCCCCAAUUGCAGGCUUUUCCUGGUUCGCAAUGACGAAAAGACCAAAGCUCUCGACAGAACCCAAGAGGACAGCAACGAAAAAGACGUCAUCUUAUUGGACUAG